CUCGCAGACACAAACUUGUUCAGCUUCAGAGAAAGAAACAUCGAGCUCUGUGGGACGCGUCACUUCUGUAGAUCAUCAGAUCCGAGGUCUUCGUAUAAAACUAAUAAAAGUGGAGGAAUCUGAAGAUGAAGAUCAUGCCUUAUUUAAAGAUAAAUGAUGGAACUUCAGGUGGAGGAGCGUCGAGCUGUGUGGAGCGCCUCGUUCCUGUGGACCAGCAGAAUGAAGGAGUUCUGGAGAAGCAUUUUAAGGAGGAAGAACCUGGAGAUGAAGACAUCUAUAUGAAGAACGAUAUAAUAAACGUCUUCUACUGCGCCCUGUGUUCACUGUCCUACACAUCUCAGAUUUACCUCCACAAACACAUCAAGAGGUGCCACCACGAGGAAUACGUGAGACUUGUGAAGUCUGGAGUGAUCAAAUAUGAGAAUCUGGUACCAAGAACAAGCUCCAGUAGUAAAGGAACCCCCUCUGAUGGGCUGCAUCCCAAACACACUCGAGGAGGGAAUCGGAAAGACGCUUUUCUCUGCUCUCAGUGUGGAAAGGGCUUCGGUGAGAGGAGUUCCCUCAGGAAACACCAGCUCAUUCACACGGAAAGAAAGCCGUACCAGUGCUCGGAGUGCGGGAAGAGUUUUAAUCGGGAGGAUAACCUCCACCAGCACCAGCGCAUUCACACCGGAGAGAAGCCGUACCAGUGCUCGGUGUGUGGGAAGAGUUUUAAUCUGAGGAGUCACCUUCAGCGCCACCAGCGCACUCACACCGGAGAGAAGCCGUAUCACUGCUCUCAGUGUGGAAAGAGUUUCACCCAACACAGUACUUUCCAAACGCACCAGCGCACUCACACAGGAGAGAAGCCGUACCACUGCUCGGAGUGCGGGAAAAACUUCAUCGCCAUGAGUAAUCUCAUGAAGCACCAGCGCGUUCACACCGGAGACAAACCGUAUUGCUGCACGGACUGCGGGAAGAGCUUCAGUCAGCAGCGCGACCUCCAGCUGCACCAGCACGUUCACACCGGCGAGAAACCCUAUCGCUGCUCCGAGUGCGGAAAAGACUUCAUCGCGAUGAGCAAUCUGAUCAAACACCAGCGCAUUCACACCGGCGAGAACCUGUAUUACUGUUCGGACUGCGGAAAGAGCUUCACCCAGCGGCGCGAUCUUCAGCGACACCGGCUGAUUCACACGGGCGAGAAGCCGUACCGGUGCCCGCAGUGCGGGAAGAGCUUCACGCAGCAGGGGACUCUCCGGACUCAUCGGCGCAUUCACAGCGGAGAGAAGCCCUACGAGUGCGCGCUGUGUGGAAAACGCUUCACGCUGCACAGCAGUCUCCAGACACACCAGCGCAUUCAUACCGGAGAGAAGCCGUUUCAGUGCUCAGAGUGUGGGAAACGUUUCACACAGCAGGGUAAUCUCCAGCGACACCAGCGCAUUCACACGUGAGAGAACAAUAUCGUGCUGAAAGCAUGGACAGUGUUUAUCUAUUCCAGGCCACAGGUGCAUUAAAACCGAUGUUAAAACCAUGUUGCUUAGCUGUUAGUAAUCAGAAGGUUGUCGAUUAAGGCCCCAAGUUGCUUGGCAAGGCCUGUAAUCCUCAGUUGCUCACAUUGUAUUCAUAAUUGUGAGGCAUUUUGAAUAAAAAAAUGCCACAAU